AUGCAUGAAGUCUCCCUUUCCGAUUUCAUGCCGGACAAACAUGCCAAUUUUCAACUGUACCGCGCUCCUAGUGAUGCUAUUGAGCCAAGUGAAAGUGCGUCGGGCUCGACUUCAACUUCCGUACCCCUUGCUACACUUGAUGACCGAUUGCUUUUAGCUGGCGAUACGAACGCAAUUCAGUACACGAGCACGAAUUGGGGCUGGGGGGCUUCGGCGCGUGCUGCGCCUGAACUGCGUCGAGAGACGCGCGGAUACUCUGGCGACUACUUGAUGGGCAUAUAUGACAAGACAAAGAAGCAGGUGACUCUUCGUGCUGUGCCUUUGUUUACGCUGAAUCGAUCAAUCAAAGCCCUUGCGAAUCUUAGCUCAGCAGCGACGGAGCGUGGUAUGCACAACGAUUUCGACUACACAAGAGCACGUCGUGAUCUCGGCGAGGCAUUCGGUAACAAGAAGCAGAAGCAAGCCGCGCGCAACAUGGACCGCAUGAAAGUUAAUACAGAAAACAUGGACAACAUUCUCGAGCAUGUGGCUUCUGGCAUUGGCGAAUCUGCCUCGACAUUGCCAACAGAAAAGGAACUUACUGCAUCGCUCAAUACAAGUCGCGCCCUUCCGCAAGCGCAUCUCGAUGCGACUGAGCCAGCUGGCGUGUACCCACUUGAGUCGCUUGUGCCUAUGACUGUACUGAAUGCCUUGCACACACGACACUUGCUCAAAUGCACAACGCAGGCCGAGCUAGGAAAGGCUCUACGCGUACUGCCGCAGCCGUCGCCGUGGCUCUUGCCACGCCUAUGGCAGAUCGUGCAGACUGCACAAAAUGACGCGGGAAAUACUUCGCGUGCAAUGGAAUUGAUCAGGAUUGGAUACUAUGUGGCGAUUCUGCUGGCGUUCCGCAAAUAUGCGCGUGGGCUGAGCCGGCAUGGUGAGGACGGCGUGUCGAGCAUUUCGCAAAAGAUGCGACUACCAGAUCAUGAAAGGGAUAUUGUCAUGGAGCAUCUCGUGUCUCAUUUUGCUGAGCAAUCGCGUGGCUCUCAACGAUACGCAAUGACAGCUACAGGCGAUACUCGUUUGUUUGCAAGUAUUCUUGUUGUUGGACUGCACUUGGAAGACUUCAGCAUCGCGCCUGAAGCACCCGCGCAAGAACUCAGCGUGACGACCCAAAGGUUCGUUGAUACCUAG